UCACUGGUUGCUUUCUCUCAUUUGGGUUUAUUUCUAGGGUUUUAAUAGCAGCUCUAAAAAACCCUAGAAUCUGUUCAUCUCUCUCGUUGCUGUCUUCAUUUCUAAGGUUUAACCUCAGCUUUCAAAAACCUAACCCUAGAAUCAGUUGAUUAACAAUGGCGGACAACAUACCGAACGAAGUGAUGAUGGAAAUUCUGGGAAGACUACCGGUGAAAACUCUUCUGCGAGCCAGGUGCGUAUGUAAAUCUUGGUGUUCUCUGAUCAGUAGUGAUAAUUUUGUUACCUUUUGGUUCAAUCGUAUCACACAUUUGAACAACAUCAACAACACUCACCUACUUCUGAUAAAGCACUACAAUAAACGUGAGGAAAAAGAACAUUUCUCCUUGUAUCUGGAUGAUGAAUCAAUCACUGAGUACGAUUUGAAUCUGGAAGAUCGUCCAUAUGCAUACAUUUAUCCCUAUUUAACCAUUCUUGGUUCUUGCAAUGGAUUGGUAUGCCUUAUCGAUGAUAUGCUGAGCCUUACAGAUCUUUUGUAUUUAUGGAACCCCACUAUUAGGAAAUUUGUAGUGCUUCCAGAACCUCGCAUUACCUUCCGUUCGCACGGCGCUUAUGAUCGUGCUCUUGGAUUCGGAGUUGAUUCCGCAACGAAUGACUAUAAGGUGGUGAGAAUUGCAUAUGUUUCUGGUGGCCCUGAGGUUGACAUUUAUUCUGUCCAAGAGGGUGGUUGGAGAAACAUUAGUGUUUCUGGUCCCAUACCUAAUAUCAAAUGUGAGGCAUCUAAUGUCUAUCUCAAUGGGGCUAUCCAUUGGGUUUCCGGAGGAUAUUCUCGCCUGUUCAUUGUGUCAUUCAAUUUGGGUACUGAGGUAUUCUCCGAGAUGGAGCUACCAAGCAGUCUAAGGUAUAUACGACAAUCACGUCGGUUGUCUGUUGCAGUGUUUCAUGACUCGCUCUGUGUGUUCCACACUGAUUCUUGGGAAGGGAAAUCGUCAAUCUGGCUGAUGAAACAAUAUGGUGUUGUGGAGUCAUGGACCAAUCUGUUCAGUCUUGAUUUUGGUAGAGGAGGUUCUGUGAAAGUUAUUGGCUUGAAGAGGAAUGGUGAAGUUCUCUUCACAAAUAAUGAGGAGAUUAUUUCAGUUGACAUAAAGUCUCCAAAACUCAAGUAUCUUGGGAUCCAUGGAGAAGAUGUGGCAUCUUCUGUCAAUACCUACACAGAGAGCUUAGUCUUAAUCGACAAGCCAAUGCCAGUCUUGGAUGAAAAUAACUCUUCUGAAUGCUAGUUUAAUGACAAAUCUAAGUGGUCAUGGGCAAUAUAAAUUUUUGUGGUCAUGUUUCUCUACAAGUAAAGGGUGGGAUUUAGUUUUCUUAGUGGUUUGUUACGUCAUUUGGUUUCAGUACUUGUUUUCAUAUCUUUAGAAUAUUAGACAGUGAUGCGGUUAACACUUUAUUUAAAGUUAUGAUGUACUUAGAGGUUGACUAAUGGUUCAUUUGUGUGCUAAUAUUCAACUCAUAUGAGACUUGACCUGAAUUAUAUUCUCUUCUAGUGGCUAGCAUGGAGAAAGACAGCCAUUUUGUUUGUCAUGGCUUUGAUAUGCCUUGAAAAUGUAUUUUGUGCAUA